UCCUUGAUGCAUCAGCUACUAUUUUGAAUUUGUGAAAUCUUGAAAAAACUGUACUAUACUGAUUACAUUAGAUGAAGCCGCCGCAUAACUAACAAUAUUUGAAUUUACCGCGUGAUGGUAAUUCAAAAUGAUGACUCUAUCGUUCGCUAGAUGGCCCUUAAAACAAUAUAUUUUGUGACUGACGGUGAGCUUCUCGAUGACUUGCCUAUGUUUUUUGUGAAAACUUAUCAUAAGAAAUAGCUUAAAAGUGAAUUACAUACCGGAAAAAGCCAUGUUAAAAUUAGAUGGCAUCGGCGAAGUCAUAGAUACCACAAAAACAGUCCAAAGGAUCAAAUAUUAUGUCCAGCCUCAGAAUUCCAGCAAAACUGACGUGAUUCCCAUAGCUCAGCCUUUAUUUACAAGAGUGUUGUCUUCUGUGUCUUUAAACCAUUUAGGAAAGCAACUACUUGAAGCUGCUGCUAAUGGGAAAGUGGAAACACUGAAAAAUCUUUUUAAAAGGGGUGCUCCAUUUACAGCUGAUUGGCUUGGUACAAGUCCAUUGCAUUUAGCUGCCCAAAAUAAUCACUUGGAAGUAGUAGAAGUUCUUCUAAAUGCUGGGAUUUCCAGAGAUGCUCGCACCAAAGUUGACAGGACACCAUUACACAUGGCAGCUUAUGAAGGGCAUUUGCAGAUUGUUGAUAUACUGGUUAAAUAUGGGUCUGACAUAGACUGUAAGGACUUGCUGGGCAUGACCCCACUGCACUGGGCAGUCCAAAACAGUCACAUAGACAUUGUAGAAUACCUCUUAACUAAUGGCGCCGAUGCGAAUGAACCUAACAAGUUUGGUCUGACUCCUCACAUGAUCGCUCAACAAACUCAAAGACCUGACAUAGAACGAUUACUUGAUCUGGCGGAGGCUGCUGAUGCGUCCAGUGCAGAGGCGGCACAGAACCUGCUGAUCCAGUUGGAAGCAGUGCCUAGUGGAGAGGAGGCAGUACCAGUAGGUGUGGAGAUGCAACAGCAGAUGCCGGAGGGUGGGGAUGAUGAGAAUAUGGAGCUGGAGGAUGAUGUUAGGGAGUCGAUUAUUAUACCAUUAGGGGCUGACAUGUUGGAGCAACUACAAUCUGACACUGUUGUUAUGGAUGACACUCAAAAUAAUGAUACUGGCCAAAUAUAUGAUGAAAUAAUAAAUCUGGAUUCAGACAGUGACAGUCAGCAUUUCACCAAUGAAACUACCUCCGACCAAACAUUUCAAGAACAAGACACUCAACAAUCUGAAAAAGAAGAGCAACAACAACAAUAUCAGCAAACAGAUAAUCAACAAACAAAUGCAAGUUAUGAAGAUCACAGUGAACUUACCGUGCCAUUGAGCCUUCUUCAAGAUGGCAUCCUUUUGCAGAAUGAAAGUGAGGAGAAUAAUGUGUUAAAUGCUGCUAUAGAUAAUGGGCAUUCUGUCGUUCUAACAGAAGCGGGAAAGGAGAUAUUAAACUGUUUCAAACAAACCGAACAACAACAACAAUCCUCUCUGCACAUGGAGAAGAAAAUCGUUGCAGUGACGCCAGAAGAGUUUUUGGCCAUGGCGAAUGGGACGUUGAGCAAGAACGUGAUAAGGGUUAAGACGAUCCCCGCGAAAGGGCAGGUCAAGAGGAUAGUCAUGAAGAAAACUAAAACUGGAACGCCGAUCAGUAUUGCAAAUGGAAUUAAGAAGAUUGUGAAUAAUCAAAAGACGACUAUCAGCGAGAUAGACAAUAUAAAGAACCAGCUGGUAAGGGCCAGAAAAACUAUAGAAGAGUACAAAAUUAAGCUGAAAAAGAAGGAACAGGAGGCUGAACAUUACAAGAUGCAGUUACAGUUGCUCAUGGAUCCGAAUUCUUGAAUUUCAGGAUGAAAAAAUGAUGGGUUCAGAACCGGCUCAGCCAAUGGCUCAGGUUGAGACUGAGGAUGAUUGUUUGUACAGUACUGUUGUUACUUUGUUGUGAUGUUUUAUAUGAGAAAUAUUUUUGUACGAGAAAAAUGAUAGAUAAUAAAAUGUUUAUACAGUACUGGGCAAGAAUGAAUUAAAUCCUCAAAAAAUAACAAGUUUGUAUUUGGC